GUAUACUAUGAGUGAGGACAUUGUAGAUAACGCCACCGUCGGAUGCGGCCGGACGUUGUUCCUUCUUGAUCCUUCUGGCGUCACUCCCACAAUCAAGAAUAAUCUCUUUCUAUUUUCUUUUUUCUUUCUUUCUUCUGCCAUCGUCAUCUGAGAAGUAUACUUCCAGGGUCAUUUCGUUAGAGUCUCUGCAUUUGAAUAUACUCACCUAUACGCCCUAUUACCCGCCAGUCGUCGCAUCCGUCAAUCUUUUCUCUCCUGUCGCGGAUCCUCGCGCCAUCGAGCGCGCCGCAGAACAAUCGCCAUGGCGCUCUCCAAAACCAACAAGAUCAUUAUCCUGCUGGUUAUUGAUACUGCCUUCUUUCUGUUGGAACUCAUCGCAGGUUAUACGGUCCAUUCCCUUGCCCUUAUUGCCGAUUCCUUCCAUAUGUUGAACGAUGUGCUAUCCUUACUCGUGGGAUUAUGGGCCGUCAAAGUCGCCAACCGCGAGCCAAAUUCCAAGAUGUAUACCUAUGGCUGGCAACGCGCAGAAACACUGGGUGCAUUAGUCAAUGGCGUCUUCCUUGUCGCCUUGUGUGUCUCCAUCUUUCUCGAAGCAAUUCAACGAUUGGUGGAGCCGCAGGAAGUGAACAAUCCGAAAUUUGUCUGUAUUGUCGGAUCUUUGGGUUUAGCAUCCAACCUCCUGGGUCUCGCUCUUUUCCACGAUCACUCCCACGGUCAUGGUCACAGCCAUGGUCCCGAAAAUGAAAGUAUGGAAGACGUGGAUGCUGCAGAGCAGGGCUUCGGCCAACAACAUGCUGAGGAGUACGAGAAUGCCGGGAAGGCAAAUGGCAAGCAGGCCAAGGUCACAGAUUCGACUUCACCCUAUACACAGCGCCGCCGGACCGUGGACAGCCAGGCUCGCGGUUCUCGUCGGUACAGCGCGUCGGCGGGCCGUGGCUUUGAUGUAGAGGAUAUCUCCCAUCCCGUGACUUUACGACAAGAGAUCAUCGCUGCAAGCCAGACCAACCGGUAUGGAGUGGAAACAUCCGAGUCAGAUAGCGACGCGCGCGAAGGUGACGAGGUUCAACCAUCCGAACAUUCAGCACUUCUGAGCCGCAAGGAUCGGAAGUCCAACUACACCGAUGAGGAUAGUACGCCUACCAAUGGACAAGAUGUGACUGCGGAUGACCUUCAUCGUCACCACAAGCACGCACAACCGAAGCCCAAGGACGAGAAGGGUGGUCACAGUCAUGACCUGAACAUGCGUGGUGUAUUCCUUCACGUCAUGGGUGAUGCUCUGGGUAACAUCGGAGUCAUCGCCUCCGCACUUAUCAUCUGGUUGACCGAUUAUUCGUGGAAACACUACGUGGACCCGGGUAUCUCUUUGUUUAUUACUAUCGUUAUCCUCUGCUCGGCCAUUCCUCUGUGCAAAGCGGCGUCGCGUAUUCUGCUGCAGGCGGUUCCUUCCGGUCUGAGCAUCGAUCACAUCAAGGAUGACAUUGAGCAACUUCCCGGGGUGAUUGGCUCGCACCACCUCCAUGUCUGGCAGCUGAGUGACACCAAGAUCGUGGCGUCGAUCCACAUUCAGGUUGACACGGAAAUCAAGGGUGAGGGCUCUGAGCGGUACAUGCAUCUGGCCCGCCAAGUACGGAAAUGCCUGCACGCCUAUGGCAUUCACUCAUCCACCAUCCAGCCCGAGUUUGCCCCGGACAGCGACACUGAGGACAACCAAGGCGGUCCAUCGUCUUCUCGGGCGAGCAAUCAUGACCACAACCUAACCAGCAAGCAGCCCAGCCGUGCUGCCAGUGUUCGUGAGGAUGCGCAAGCAUGUCUUCUCGAAUGCGAUGAAAAUUGCGCUCGCGGCGGGCAAUGCUGUCCUAAGAAGCCUACAUAACUGCGCCUUAUCUUCCGCUGUUUUCAUCUUUAUACACUCUGUUGAUUACCUUAUCAUCAUUAUUGACCUGGUUGUAUCAAUUGUUACUUCCUUCGAUAUUUCUCAUACCCGCUAUCUCUACACGGCAGUUUUCAGUUUCACCCAGCACUGAUCUCAAGGGUUAACAUUAUCAUAGAACAAAAAGUUGGCGUUUGAUGGGCUGGGCGAUUAUCAUGGAUUAUACAGCAUGUUUUGGACUGGCAAUUGGACUGUGUUAUACAUUUCUGCAUGUAUCCUUACUUAAUUCCUAAUU